CACAAAUCAUUAAUAAAUUUCUUGUCAAAAUAAGAAAAAUUAGUAGUCAUUUUUAAAACUUCGAGGCACAUUCGGCACGGGAAAGAGCUAAAACUUUAACAAUCGUAUUUUUACACUAAAUGACACAAUUCUAGACUCUAUUUUGAUAACUAUAAGUAAGAUACAAUGGAUAAACGGCCAAAAUUAGAUUGUAAAGGAAAUUGGGAUUCGGAAUCUGUUAAGAAUUACACCUCAUUAAAUCAGAUUAAGAAGCAGUUGCAUGGUGGUAAUUGGUCAUAUUUAUGUCGGCAUCCAGAAUUGAGGGCUAUAAUACGUGUAUUUCUCCAUGAACUUAUCAACAAACAACCGGAAAAUAUUAAUGAAUUUUCAGCUGCUCUAUUUAAUUGCAACAACUCUCCUCUGCUUGUUACCAAAAUCAAUCAACAGUUGAGACGGGUCAAUGAGAAUCUAAAGCAAAGUCGCUGGUCCCAAUACGAUGGCGAAAUGUUUUUCUCAGAAAUAGACUCAACACAUUCGCUACUUUCAAGAGCCUCAAUCGGUACCGACAUAGACAACAUGCUUCGCUAUGCAAUGUUAAUGAGAGAUAGAAAGUAAGAACUUUACAUUGAAUUUAAACUUUAUUGCAAUAAUACAAAAUCGAAAUGUAAUAAAUAAAUAAAUAAAUAAAUAAAUAAAAAAGUAGUAUGUGGUUACUAAAACAA